GGAAUUUUGUCUUUUUUUCCAUUAGAAAUUCUCUAUAUAAGUUUAGGGGGAAAUAUUUUUGUGUUAAUUCGCAAUUCGGGAUUCUAAAAUGAAGACGCCACUGCCUUUUGUGACUCUCCUUCUUGUUCUGGUCUUCUAUGGACAAUUAGUGUCUGCCCUGGAGGAACCUCGUGAAGCCACUGAAGUCGAUUCCCAAACAGACGCAGCAGACGACAGUCGCUCAGAAGAAGCUCCAGUUGAUCCAGAGAGAAAUAUUGCUGAAACUCCCGAAGGCAGAAUACAAUCUUCUGACUCUUACCAAUCUUCUCACAACCCCGAUGGUUCUAUCUAUGGAAAAUACAAUUCUAAGGAAUGUUGCUGGGAAAGGGGACCAAGAGCGCCUAGGAUAAGAGUUGGAGAUAGGAGUCAGUCUGAGGAAAUCAAGAGGAAGAUAGAGUACGAGUUAUCCAAAAAUGUUGCAGUGAAGCAAGCUGUAUCCAAACACGCAAUGAACUGUGAAAAAAGCCACUGGUCAUCAGAGGGUCUCUCAGAUAACUGUCCCUCUGAAUACAAACGAGCUACUGAGAUCCGAUUGCCAGGCAAGAAGUGUUACAUCGUGCGACCCAAUCAACAAUGUGUGACCUACAAAAGGUGUUCCUCCAGACGCCCGUGUGCCGGUCGCAAUAUUAUUAAACGACCCAUCGCGGACAGAGGCUCUUUGCCAGUCCUGGUCAGCCGGAGGAGGGUGAGACCAAAAGAGGAUCCGUGUGACCGUGUGUACAUGCGCUCCAGUACGUGUUUACCUGACGGCUACAGGACGUUCCCGGUCUGGGUCUACUGCGAUUACAGUCGCUUCAAGCUGAUUAACUUGGAGUUACCGCAGUGUUGUUCAUGCAAACGGUACCAAGAGUGCAUACCACAAAUUUAGGUUCUUCUCUUGGUAUCCAGUGUAUGAGAAACAGCAAUAAAAAGAUCUUUAGAAAAUCUAAA